AUGAAUGUACUCGGUGGAGUUAGGAAUUUGCGUCUGGGAUGGAUGGGGUAUAGAAAAUACUCAACACACGAACCACAAGCGGGAUUGGCGCGUCUUUUAGGGUUGCAGAAGCAGCAACAGCAACAACAACAAACAGACAGGCAUGGAUCAAAUCCAAUAACCAGCACAGGCAGAUUAACACCAGAAGAGAGUUGGAAUAAUUAUCACAACCAGCGUAUGCGUACACUCGAACAUAUCCAGCCGUUGUCGCUGUAUUCAGGACGUACAGUUACAGUGGGCAAGUACGAUAAAAACAAUAUAACGGCACAGGCAGAUAGAGCUUGGAGAAUGCUCAAUAGGACGCUGGUUAAGAAUGACGUAAAGAGGGAAUUGAUGCUGCGUGAGAGGUAUGAAAAACCUCAUGAAAAGCGUAGAAGGCUGAGGAGAGAGAGACACAGAAGAAGAUUUGCAGAAUUUAUUAGACAUAAGGUUAGCCUGGUACAUGGGAUCAGAAGGCGUAAAGAGGCGAUGAAGUAA